GUUAUUAUUUAGUUAUGUUGUUGCUUGGUUACAUUUGAUGCCUCCGCACGUGGGAAGCUACCGGUUUGAAAGACGCGGCUUCACUUGCUUUUCUGCACCAAGAUGGCAAGAAUCAGACGAUUUGAGAAAGCUGUUUGCUGGAGCGACGACAGAUACUGGGCAACUUGGGACAAGUGGGGAGAGGUGAUUGACUGGGGAGAUGAGAAAGAGCUGUGCUCCCCAGCAGAAUCACCUUCUGACCAGGCUGACAGUUCCACUGAGUCACAUUCCCGAAGGCGAAUUGCCAAGGCAGUUAGCUGGACGGAUGAUGCUUAUUGGGCAGCCUGGGACAAGUGGGAAGAGAUCAUCUGCUGGGGUGAUGAAGAGGAGUGCUCCCAAGUAACUCCACCCACUAGCCAGCUUGGGAGGGAUAAGGGGAUAGAUGUACAUGGGUUGGAGGCUUUUGUGAUAAAUAACAGGACAAUCUCCAUAAAGCCUGUAGACAACCAUCAAGACAGUCUGAAGAUAGGAGCUGUGCUGGUAGACCUCUGCCAGUUUGAUCUCGAAUAUUUAGAUCAAAGUAAAUUUAAUUGUGAAAUUGUGCAAGUACAAAUUGGAGAAGUUGAAGUGGAGGAGACUAGAGAAAAGGCUUUUGAAAAAGCAUUUGAAUUGGAAAUUGUGGAUGUGGCAGUAGAAGUUAUAAACGAGGAACAGAAGAACCAGGCAAUACUCUCUGGUGGUUGA